CUUUACGUUGCCCACAACGUUUUACGUCUUCGACGCAGCUUAUUUCAAAAUGGAGUAAAGUCAGAGUAAAUAUAUUAAAAAGCGUAGACUGAAUAAUAUCGUACAGGUCUUUCUACCUUUAAACCAGCUUCUGCAAUCAUCUGUUUAUUAUGUCUGAUAAAAAGAAACCCGACUCCUUCCAUUUCUUCUCAAGCUACGAUGACCUGAGUGAUAGUAGCGACAGCAAUAGCAGCGAUUCGGAUGAGGACCGACAGAAAUCGGGCAAAAAAGAGGGGACUGCUGCCUCUGGGAGUGGAGGGAAAUCUCCCCAACAGGGCACCAAGAGGGGAUCCAGUGGAGCUCCAUUGCCCAAACCUGACGAUCUGUUUAAAUCGGUGUCCAAACCGUCUUUUCUCUACAAUCCACUGAAUAAACAAAUAGACUGGGAGAGCCGCACUGUUAAAGCCCCUGAAGAGCCCGCAAAAGAGUUCAAACCAUGGAAGACGAACGCCGUCCCCCCUCCCCAGACCUACGCUACCGAGGAGAAGAAGAAGGGGGCCCCCCCUGGGAUGGACAUGGCCAUCAAGUGGUCCAACGUGUACGAAGACAACGGCGACGACGCACCCAAGCCCCACUCGGGCAACGCCAUCUUCGUGCCCGAAGAGGAGCAGCUCUCCGACUCCGACGGCGAGGAUAAAUCGCAGUCGUUAUCAGCCAAGAAGCGGCGGGUGGAAAGCUUCCAGCAGAAGGAGAAGAGGAAGCGGGAUAUGGGACAAGCCACCUCUGACAAGAGCUUCGUCGAAGAAGAGAAAAGAAUCCUCCGGCAGAAUGCCGAGUGAGGCCUAGAUCCUCCAUGAAGCAUGGGCCUCAAUUUGUGUCUGGGUCCACUAAAUCCUCAGUGACUUUCCUGAAGCUCUGCCCCAGACACUCCUCUCCUCUGUGACAGCCCCUGGUUAAAAGUGCUUGUCUACCCUGUCUAUCCAGGAUAUAUUUAAUAGACGUUGUUGUUGUGAUACAUCCUAACUUGGUUUGAACUCCUUUUCAUGAGUAGAAUAUUCUCUGACUCUGGAGGAAAACCUGUUUUCAGUCUGUGUGCGGGUGUUUCUCUUGUUCAGUGGUAUAGACGAGGCCCCAUUUAGAUCAAUGUCCUACACACAUGAGCAAAUUUAUUUUUAUAUGGCAACUUUUAUUUUUGAGUAGCAAAGUAUUUGAUGUAAGAUAUUCAAUUAUUUUUAUCGAUUAUAGUGUUGACGGGAUUCUAACAUGAAAAUAACGAUAUACUACUUUCCACUAGAUGGCACAACAGAGCCACUAUUGCAUUUUGCCCUUUCAUGUUUGCCAUAUUUUACACUCAACCACAUGUUGACAGUAGGUUGGUUUUGUUAUAAAUGCCUCUGUAUUACACAAACGAUGCAAUAAAUCGUGUAUGGUUGUAGAA